AUGGCCAUCUAUCAUAUCGUCCUGUUCAAGUUCAAGUCGUUGGUGCCGCUGGACGAGGUCAAGGCCGUGAGUUUGUUUGCUUUCCUCUUUCCACUAGCAAAGGCCCAAUCCCAUCUUACCGUGGAGGCGGUUGGUAACUCAGCUUAUGUGAUAUCUGACUCGAAGCAGGCAUGUAAUCGAAUGCUCGCGCUCAAGACAAACUGUAAACAUCCAGAAACCAAGCAAGAGUAUGUAAAGACCUCUAUUGGGGGAAUCAACAACAGCCCGGAGAAUAUUGCGAAUGGCUUCACCCAUGCCUUUAUCAGCCAGUUUGACAACGAGGAUGAUCGUGCGUACUACUUGAGUGAGGAUCCGGCGCAUCUAGGUUUUGUCAAGAGCAUAGGUGAGAUUGUGGACCUGGUUCAAGUCAUCGAUUUCACCCCCGGUGUAUUCUAG